AUGUAUCGCAGCAAGCUGCUAUUCCUCUGGGCCGCUUUGAUCGCCUUGGGGAGGGCGACUCCAGCAUCGCAUCUAUGGGGCCCCACUCUGUCGCGAGUGUACGAUACAACCGACACGCUGCCGCGUCCCAAUGUCGGUAACCUGAAUGUGCACGACCCGAACGUAGUCUUCUGGAAAGACCACUACUACCUGUUUAAGGGCGGCGUGCACGUGCCGUACUUCAGAGCAGCCAACAUGAGCGGGCCGUGGACCCAGAUUGGCACCGUGCUGGACGGUGACAGCGUCAUUCACCAGGGCAAUCGGUCGCGGCCGUGGGCGCCGACGACCGUCGAGCGCAACGGCACUUUCUAUUGCUUCUACACGCUGAGCACACGCGGCUCGCGCAACAGCGCCAUCGGCGUCGCGACCACCACCGUGCUCGACGGCUCGCCCUGGAUCGACCACGGCGCCGUCGUCCGUACCGGUCAAGGCAACGGCUCGACCGUCUGGCCGUUCACCGUCUCCAACGCCAUCGACGCCUCUUUCAUCCGCGACCAGGCCACCGGCCAGGCAUACCUGAACUACGGCAGCUUCUGGCAUGACAUCUGGCAGGUGCCGCUGGCGGACGACUGGCUGUCGAUCAAGAGCCCCGAGAGGCCAGACGCGGUGCAAUUGACCUUCAUCCCGCGCGAGGUGGUCCGCCCGGAGGAGGGCUCGUGGCUGAGCUACCACGACGGCUACUACUACGCGUGGUUCAGCCACGGCGAGUGCUGCAACUUCGACGAGCACGGCUUCCCUGAGCGCAAUGACGAGUACAGUAUCCGGGUUGGCCGGUCGCGGGCGGUGCGGGGUCCGUUUGUGGAUCACGAUAACAAGAUGCUGCUGGACGGCGGCGGGACGGUGGUCUACGCGUCCAACCACGGGCUGGUGUAUGCCCCUGGCGGGCUUGGCGUAUUGGCGAGGAAUGAUUCCAGCCCGGAUAUUCUUUACUACCAUUAUUUGAACACCUCGAUCGGCUUCCGGGAUGAUCAAGCUCUGCUAGGCUGGAACUACUUGAAAUAUGACAAUGGGUGGCCCGUGGUCAUCGACGGCAUCGAUGCAAAGACCAGCGCCGCGCCAGUCUACCAGCUGCCGAGUCGGUUGUAUUUGCUGACGAUGAUGGGUAGGUGGAGCCGAUCGGCGCUUUGUUUUACUGCAUUCUCGGAAAUCCUUGCUAACUGGGGAUUCUCAACAGGUUUAUGGCUGUACCUACUAUGGUCAUAG